AUGGUACGAAGCAUGUUGAAGCAUACUUUGAAAAGGCUAGUUGUGAAAGGCUACAAUCAAGAGUAUAGAGUUGAUUAUCAAGAGAUUUUUGCACCUGUUGCAAGACAAGAUACAAUUCGGCUGGUUGUUUCAUUAGCUGCACAAAACUCAUGGCCUAUUUUCCAACUUGAUGUGAAAUCGGCCUUCCUUAAUGGUGAACUAAUUGAGCAAGUUUACAUUGAACAGCCCCUCAGUUAUGUGAUAAAAGGCAAUGAUGAGGCUAUGUUUGUUGCUUUUAAGAAUUCUAUAAUGGCUGAUUUUGACAUGACUGAUAUGAGAAAAAUGAAAUAUUUUCUUAGUAUAGAAGUAGCACAAACAGCUACCGGAUUCUUUAUUGGGCAAAAGAAAUAUGCUCAAGAGGUUUUGGAAAGGUUUCACAUGGAGAAUUGUAAUCCAGUUGGGACUCCAACUGAACCAGGAUUGAAGCUCUCAAGAGAUCUUGAUGGAGAAAGGGUUGUUAGUACUUACUUCAAACAAAUUGUUGGAAGUUUAAUGUAUAUGGAAAAACCAACAGAGCUGCAUCUCAAAGCUGCUAAAAGAGUGUUUCGUUACUUGAAAGGAACCACAGAUUUCGGUAUUUUGUACAAGAAAAAUGAAGGAUCUAUUCUGUCUGGUUUCACUGACAGCAAUUAUGCUGGUGAUUUAGACGAUAGUGAAGACCAAGUUGCAGAUAUCCUGACUAAAUCUCUAAAGCUGAAAGCAUUUGAGAAGUUGCGUGGAUUACUUGGAGCGUUGACAAAGCUAGAGUAUCUUGACCUUUGGGGGAGUAACAUAUCUAACAAAGGGGCCACUGUUCUUCAAAAAUUUCCCAAGUUGAAGUUUCUCGGUCUGGCCUGGACCAAUGUUACAAUAUUGCCAAAUUUGUCAUCUCUUGAAUGCUUAAACUUGAGUAACUGCACCAUUAAUUCUGUACUUCAAGGUAAUGGGAAUAAAGCUCAUUUGACUAAGCUUAUAUGCUCUGGAGCUACAUUCACCAACGAGGCUGAAGCAUUCUUGUAUUUCAAUACAUGCUUCCUAUCUUUUCUGGAUGUAUCCAAUUCAUCUCUCAAUGGAUUCUACUUCUUACAUCAUUUGAAAGCAAUGGAAUAUUUGGAUCUCAGCAGUAGCAUGAUAGGUGAUGAUUCAAUUGAAGCGGUUGCAAGUAUAGGAGCAAUUUUGAGAAAUUUAAAUCUCGGCAAAACAAGAGUCACCUCUGCUGGGGUGGCAAUAUUAGUUGGUCAUGUUCCAAAGCUUGAGAAUUUAUCAUUAUCUCACACUCUAGUAGAUGAUUUGGCCAUGUCAUAUAUUGGCAUGAUGCCUUCACUGAAGCUUGUUGAUUUAAACAAUACAAUCAUCAAUGGUUUCAUUCACCAGGAUGGUGCUGAGCCAAAUUUGAUUUCCUCACUGACAGCACUACAUAGCCUUAAAGGUUUGGAAAGUUUGAAUCUAGAAUGCGCCAACAUCAAGGAUGCAGCUGUAGACCCCGUAUCAAACUUUCAAGAAUUGAGGCUUUUAUCUCUCAAAAGUCCUUCCCUUACAGACAUCUCCCUUUACCGCUUGUCAUCUCUACCAAAGAUAAGAAAUCUAGGCAUUCGCGAUGCUGUGCUGACUGACUCUGGGCUAUUUUCAUUCAGACCACCAGCAACUCUUGAAAUGCUGGACCUCAGGGGUUGUUGGCUCUUAACUGAGGAUGCUAUCUUGUCAUUUCGUAAAAGACAUCCUCAAAUUGAAUUAAGGCAUGAGCAUGUUGUCUCUAUAUCAGAUCAAACUGCCCGCCACCGUCUGACUCCACCACGAACAUUUCUAAGACCUCCACAAGUAAACCAGAAACAGGAAAAGUUGAUUGUGUCUCAGUAUUUUAUAGAUCAGAGACUGAAGUAUACCAGAGAGGAGCUUCUUGCAUUACAGUUUCAAUCCUCAUCUCUCGGGUCUCCUUUUGACAAAAGCCAUGCCAAACCCCAGAUGCAGUCGGAUUGAAAAGGUGACUUCAAGGUCAAAUGCCAUGUGUAAUAUUUUGUUAUUGUGACAACAACUGUACUGUAUCAUGCCAGAGCAUAGGUGUUUUAGUUUUAAGUCUUCUAAUAGGAGGCCAGUGCAUUGAUUUUUGUAAACUGUAGUUGGCCGAACUGUUUUGGGGGAUGUAGUGGAUUAUUUAAUUUAAUUUAGGUGAGCGAGAAUGGCGUCUAGUGCAGUGCUGCACAGGCGAGUUGGAUUGGCAA